CUGUUGAGUUUGCUCUACCAGCUGAAUGGGACAGCCAAUAUCUACACGAUGGACCACCGCGGUACGGGUCGUAGCACGUUCUUGGACUGCGUCGCGGCGGAAGCUACGACCACCAGGUCUCCGGAUGGCAUCGAGUUCGACCCGUCGGAAGUUCCUGCCUGUGCCCAAGACCUCCAGAACAAGUAA